UUCCGGAGGAGUUCUUUUCCAGGAGCGCAGGGAGAGGCGCCUGCCUGUAGCUCUACGGUGCCUGCGGCGCAGCAUUGGACCCGCACGGAGCACACCCAAGACGUCACCAGCUGGUCCUCCCGCGGGCGCUCCACGUGGUCCCUGCUAUUCUCAGCUCCGUCCAUGAACUAAAUUUAGAAGCAGGCUGACAUUGCCUUUCACUUGGUCACAGUCUGACCGAGGAUUUGACUCACUGGGAGCCACGCUGGAAACAAUACACUCGUAGCUGAUAACCGCUAACCUUGGGCAUGUCGGCUUCUGCGGCCACCAACGAUGGUCCUUUCUGAGACGGCCUCUGUGACUCCCCGAUUUAGAACCUAAUGACGUUGGGGACUCUGUGACAAUGUGGAGAAGUCAUGUCAGAAAACGUGGUUUGUACGGGGGCCGUCAAUGCCGUGAAGGAAGUGUGGGAAAAAAGAAUCCAGGUUCUCAAUGAAGACCUGAGGCGGGAGAAGGAAUUUCGACAGAAGGUUCUGCGGAUCUGGGAAGAAAGAGUGAACUUCUCCAGGCUGAAAGACAGGGUCACCAGGGAAAACGGAAGAGUUAUUUUGAAGAUAGAACAAGAGGAAUGGAAGACCCUUCCCGCUUCUCUACUGAAACUGAAUCAGCUACAGGAGUGGCAACUGCACAGAACUGGUUUGUUGAAAAUCCCUGAAUUCAUCGGGAGAUUCCAGAACCUCAUUGUGUUAGAUUUAUCUCGAAACACAAUUUCAGAGAUACCUCGAGGGAUAGGGCUGCUUACUAGACUUCAGGAACUGAUUCUUAGUUACAACAAAAUCAAGACUGUCCCCAAGGAACUGGGCCACUGCGCCAGCUUGGAGAAACUGGAACUCGCUGUCAACAGAGACAUAUGUGAUCUUCCACAGGAGCUCAGCGGGCUCACGAAGCUCACGCACCUCGACCUGAGCAUGAACAGCUUCACGGCCAUGCCCCCCGCCGUGCUGGGCAUGCCCGCCCUCGAGUGGCUCGACCUGGGGAGCAACCAGCUGCAGCAGCUUCCCGACGCCAUAGACAGAAUGCAGAAUCUACACACAUUAUGGCUGCAGCGGAACGAACUGACGUGCCUGCCCGACUCCAUCAGCAACAUGAGGAACCUGGGCACGCUCGUGCUCUGCAACAACAAGCUGCGGGACAUCCCGGCGCGCCUGGGGGACAUGCCCAGCCUGAGGUUUGUCAACUUCCGAGACAACCCACUGAGACUGGAAGUCACACUGGCCCACGAGAGCACAGAGGGAGAGGAGCAGGAGCUGUUCGGCCUGCAGUUCAUGCUCGCCUACCUCCAGGAGGCCCGGGGCAGAGCAGGUACGAGGCGGGCACGCCACACAGGCCGCGUUCCUCGCGGAGUGUACACACGUCGCCUCCUGCGUGGGUCCUCCGCCUGUCUUACUGCUCCUCACAUUCUGGUCCCUGGGCCAACGUGGCGGGAGGAAGAGCGCACGUCCAGUCGGUUUUGACUAAGGCUGUACAGGUUCAGUCUUUCCGGUGCAGGGAGGAAAUACGUUUCUUUGGCCAAGCACUUGGAGCACGACCAGGUGAAGAUGCGACCCUUAAGAGCUUCGCUCUUGUUCUGUCCGUUUGUCGUGUAUGUCAGUUCCCUCUUGUGAAUGCUCCACCGCUGCCAUUUCCACUUUGUCUACAUUUCACAAAAGAGCAAAACAGGUUUUGCCCAGGGAUGACAAAUGUGAGUAACUAAGUUAAAAUAUAAUCA